GGGGAGGCCUGGCCCGGCGAGCGAGACCUCAGCCCCGGGCUCCCCUGGCCCUGCAGCCGCCUCUAGGCCUGUUUGUGCCGGCCCGUGGGGCAGGGGUAACCCGCUCCCGGGGCUGGGCCUCCGGCUCCCGGCGGAGCGGCGCUGCCCAGCGCCCUGUUCGGAACUGCCCGGCGUGGGAGGCGGUGCGGGCCUGACGCCACAGUGCAAAAAUGAUCAUCCCAGUCAGAUGCUUCACGUGUGGCAAAAUAGUUGGAAACAAGUGGGAAGCCUAUCUCGGCCUUCUGCAAGCAGAAUAUACAGAAGGAGAUGCCCUGGAUGCCCUUGGUUUGAAGAGAUACUGCUGCCGCAGAAUGCUCCUAGCCCACGUGGAUCUGAUUGAGAAGCUUUUGAAUUACGCACCCCUGGAGAAAUGAGAUGAAAAAAGUACCGUGCUGUAAGCCAUGCGGAACGUAUCUCUAAUUCUAAACUUGAAACUGGACUUCAGGCAGUAAAGGAUGAAAGCCACCUGUACUGCAACCAUUGAGAGAUGUUUUCCUUCUGGAGAAAAUACUGCCCCGAGACAGUAACCUCUUUCAAGGAAACCAAGGAAAGAUGAAGUCCACUUAAUGAAGAUAUGGAGAUUAAAAGUUUAGAUGCUUCAUUUUAAAUCUGUGUUUGGAGUUGUUUUGUGAACUUUUAGAUGCUUCUGCCAGCAAAACUAAAUGUUUGUUCAUGUUGAAAAAUUACUAUAUUUCAUAAAAAUGUUGAAAUAAAGGAGGUCUUUCCCUGUA